GCGGUGUGGAGCACGGAGCAUGUCAACCAGGUUACAGAGGAAGAAGACGCAGUAGAAGACGCAUCUGCAGAACUGAUGCCAUGCGGUUCCGAUUUUGUGGAGAUUUGGACUGUCCGGACUGGGUUUUAGCUGAAAUCAGCACAUUAGCACGAAUAUCAAGCGUCAAGAUGAAACUACUGUGUGGACAGGUUAUAAAAGACCUCCUCGACGACGGCAUUGAUUAUGACAAAGUCGCAAAGCUAACCUCUGAUGCAAAAUUUGACAGUGGAGAUAUUAAGGCCAGUGUUGCAGUGCUGAGCUUUAUUCUCUCCAGUGCUGCAAAGCAUGACGUUGAUGGUGAAUCCCUGUCCAGUGAACUUCAGCAGCUAGGCUUGCCUAAAGAGCACACCACUGGGCUGUGUAAGUCCUAUGAAGACAAACAUGCAGCCCUGCAGGAGAAACUGAAGGAGAGCAGUCUGCGUUUGGGUCGUCUGGAGGCAGUAAACUGGAGGGUGGACUACACUCUGAGCUCCAGUGAACUGAAAGUAGUGAACGAGCCCACAGUCCAGCUGAAACUCCAGGCUCAACACCCAGAAUCUGGCUCCACAGAGACCACCGUAGUGUCUGUCAAUGCAGAUAAGUUCAGAGUGUUACUAACAGAACUCAAACAAGCUCAAGCUAUUAUGAAUGCACUGCAGUGAUUCCACCUUGUAUUACGUUUUUCCUUUGAAAACACGUACAAAUACAGUAGGUUCAGAUAGGUUAUAUGACUAAUGCAGAUUAAUAAACAUUUGUGUUUUAACGAUGUGAAUAUUGCAAGUUGUCUUGCAAAUUGUAAAAUAUCUUUAUGAACAUCAAUGUCAUGUCCUCCAUGAAGGAGCAAACAUCUUGAUGGAUGGUGGGAGAUGUUGUAUUGAAACAGAAGACAAACCUGAACUUGUCCCACUACAAGAGACUUCAAUAACUAUGAUACCCAUCAGUUUCUUCAAAAAGAUGUACUGAGUCUGUUUUUUAAAUAUUUUGUACAAUUUUGUAUAAUUUUUGUUGAUGUUAACAAAAUAAACAAUCUAACUGUGU